AAAGUUAAUGAAAUUUAAAUAUUGGCUAAUGGCACACAAAGAGAAGGCCUAAAAGGUAUAUUCUUUCUUGCAGCUCCGUUUUCCACGACUCUACUGUCACCCGUUCAAGCUGCGUCACUGUCUUGUUCAACACAGUUAAAUAGAAGGUGAAAAUAUUUAUAGAAAAUUCCACCUCUGAACAGAUCUUCUCCCUCUCGUCAAACAACGGACAGUCAUUUAAGAUUUUAUGCUUCGUAAAUAUAGGUUUUUAUCUUUGGUUUUUCUGGAUCUGGGUUUCCAAAUUGUUGUUUGGUUGGUGAGAAAGUUGAGGAAAAAAAGCUUUGGCUUUAAAUUGGAGCUAAUAUUGAAUGGAGGGAAUUAGAGGCGAUGGUGCAUCAUCAGCUUCGCCUUUGUCUCAAUGGGGGCACGACGGUUGGAGGAUUUAUCAGUAUUAUCUCGAUAAGACUACUCCUCAUACAGCUUAUAGGUGGAUUGGAACCCUUGUUAUAACGGCUAUCUAUUGUUUGCGGGUUUAUUAUGUUCAAGGCUUUUACGUAGUUGCAUAUGGCCUUGGGAUCUACCUGUUGAAUUUGCUAAUAGGAUUUUUGUCUCCUCUGGUUGAUCCCGAACUUGAAGUUACCGACGGGCCUUCACUGCCAACUAAAGGUUCUGAUGAAUUCAAGCCAUUUAUUCGUAGGCUACCCGAGUUUAAGUUCUGGUACUCCAUGACAAAGGCUUUCUGCAUAGCAUUUGUAAUGACUUUCUUUUCUGUAUUCGAUGUUCCCGUCUUUUGGCCCAUAUUGCUUUGUUAUUGGAUCGUUCUCUUUGUCCUUACAAUGCGGCGCCAGAUUACGCACAUGAUCAAAUACAAGUAUAUCCCAUUCAGCAUCGGAAAGCAGAAAUACACUGGCAAGAAGCCUUCUGCGAGUAGCAGUGGCUUUCGUGGGGAUUGAAACAGCUUGUUCACCGGUGCGUUGCCGUUGGUACGCAGUUACUACAAAACAUAGGUUCUUCGUAGUGCUGACAUAUCCUAGAACUGAAACUUGAUUGUUUAUAUACACAUGGUGAUGCAUUUCAGAUUAUUUGCAAGUAAUGUGUACAAAAAAGUAUUGUUUUUGCACUUGUAUGUCAGUAGGCGUCAUUGGCAGAUUGUAGGUUUUAAUUUUAUUUAUUUGUUUUUAAAAAUGGUAUUCCAAAUUUAAUGUUUUUAAAUAUAUUUUGAGAAUCAUAUUUAUAUUUCUAUUUAUGUUCAAA